GAAUGGUUAAAAUGAAUGUCUUGAAUGAUUGCCUCCGUUCUAUUGUGAAUGCUGAAAGGUUGUAGUUGUUGUCCUAACAUAUUUAAGAUAAGGAAGAAAACAAGUGUUGAUUAGACCUACAUCAAAAUUGGUUGUGAAGUUCUUAUAAGUUAUGCAAAGACAUGGGUACAUUGGCGAAUUCGAAAUUGUUGAUGAUCAUAGAAGUGGCAAGAUUGUUGUUGAAUUAUUGGGUAAUAAAUGACACAAAAUGUUAGGACGCAUCAAUAAAUGUGGUGUAAUCUCACCCAGAUAUGAUGUUACAUUAGGAGAAUUCGAAAGAUGGGCUAAUAACAUUCUCCCUGCCAGAUAAUUUGGAUGUGUUGUACUUACCACUAAUGUUGGAAUUUUAACACAUGAAGAAGCUAGAUAAAGACACAUUGGAGGCAAAAUCCUUGGUUUCUUCUAUUGAUAUCAUUAAUAAACAUAGUACAAUAAUAUUUAUAUUUAUAUAUGUCAAUUACUCAAUCUCUAACUGGUUAAAGGUCGAAGGAGUUUUGGUGAAAAUACAAAACUAAAAAUCUAGAAAUAGAAAUAAAAAAUAAAAAUAGGUAAAUUAAUAUAACAGAAUAAAAUAUCAGAUUAGCAGGAAAAGCUAUCUAAAGCAUAAAAUUAAUGUAGCAAAUUAAAUAAAGAAAAGCAAUAAUUAUAUGGUUUGUUAAAUUAAGUAUUAAAAAACUUGAUGAAUUAGAAAAUUCAUAAGAGAUUUAAUCAUUAGCAAAAAUAUUUGAUUCUUUAUCAUUUUUGUAUGCAUCAAAAGUAGAUAGCAUAUGUUUGUCGUUUUUUUUAUUUAAUUGUAAAUGCUUGGUAAAUUUUAAGAGAAUAGAUUAGUCAUAAUAGACUAAAAAUGGAUUAUCUUAAAAAUUCAAAAAGCUCAACAAAGUUUUCAUUUAUUAAAUAAACUUAGAAUGAGAAAAAGUCAUUUUUUGAACAACAAGCGAAAUAUUUUCAAUAAAACUUAUUAAAAAGUUAUAUCAAAUGAA